AUGGCCCAACAACACCUUGAACUCCUGAUGGCCGGCCUUCCAGACUCGGAGGCCAAACACCUAGACCUGAGAUUUAGAGAACUCGGGAUAGCCGACCAGGAGGCCUGUAGCGUUGUAGAGACGAGGGCCUUUAUGAAUCCCGAGCAUAGAUGCACCCCGGAGAAGUUCAAGUAUCGCCUGACCAACUGCUCGGCUAUAUCAUACGGCCUCUUCAUCGUCUUGAACCCGGACCACAAGGGCCGCCUCUCCAAACUCGACCCAGGUAUGCUCGAGAAACUAACGAAUCAAGAAGACUCUGCUUCGCAAAAGCUCGCUCUCGUCGCCCACGCCGUCUCCACACUAGGGACCUCGCCUGUAGUCACGGAUGAGGACAUGGCCUUUCCUAAGAACUGGAGAGAUGCCCAGCCCAACGGCGUGGGCCACAAAGCACACGGUAGGACCGUUUGCCUCCACUCGCUAGCGAUCCUCCCCGAGUUUCAGGGAUUAGGGCUCGGCCCUCUCUUGAUGAAUACAUAUUUGGGAUUUCUAAACGAAGCAAGGAUAGCUGAUCGAGCGGCCCUGCUCUGCGAAGAGCGCCUUGUGCCAUUCUAUGAGAAGCUAGGGUUCAAGUUCCUCGGUCCAAGUUCAGCUCAGUUUGGCGGCGGAGGCUGGUACGACAUGGUCCAUGAUUUCAAAGACACCGUGGAUGCGAAGGCGACCCCGUCUUAG